AUGUAUCUCAUGUACGAUUUGAAUGAAAAUGGUGAGCGGGUUUACACGCUGAAGAAAAACAACACAGCAGGGAAGCCGACACAAUCGGCACACCCGGCAAGAUUUUCUCCUGAAGACAAGUACUCGCGCUAUCGGAUCAUCAUUAAGAAGCGCUUCGGAUUGCUACUUACGCAAAAACCAGAACCGAUCUACUGA